AUGGAGGUUCCAACGGGUGUAGUUUUGCUUCUCUUCGUUGCUUGUGUUCGGGCGGCUUCGACAGAUACCGCACAACCUAUGGCUAGCAUGCCUCCGGAUUGCAUUCCUAAAGUACAUAAAAAAGUAGAUUAUAUAGAAGAAUGUACUAAGGAAUCCAGAGUAAAUAAAGUCCACAUAGAGAAAAUGAAAUCUGGGUAUUUCAGCUUGCCGCAUCGUUCAACAUCGCUGAAAUACUGGGCGUUCUGUUACUUGAAGAAACUAAACAUGAUGACUGAGGCUGGAGUUCUCAGGCAGGACGUAGUAUUGAAGAACUUUAAUGGCAAAGAGAGACUUCAAAUAACCAAGAUUAUUGACAAAUGUUUGUACACGUCAGCUCACCUACCAAUGGACACGGCCUGGCACUACCUCAGUUGUUUUCAUAAAAAUGAUUACAAGCUAUGUAAACGUGUACAUGGUAUUUGA